ACGUAAAAAUAAUAAUUGAAGAGAAAAAUAGAAAAUAUGAAUCUGGAUUAUAUUCAUUAUCCGACCAAGAGUAACUCUGUUUCAGCUAAAGUUGAUUUUGCUGCCAUGGAGCUCUGUACUCGAACCUUCACAACUACUUCUCUUCCUUUCAACCCUUCUUUCUCUCUUCCUUCUUCUUCUUCUUCUUCUUCUUCAAUUUCUCUUCAUCUUCAUUCCAAUACUACUCUUAAACCCUUCAAAUUCAAUCUCUCAUCUUCUUUCAUUCAACCAUCUCUUUAUCAUCACACUUCUUCUCCCUUCACUGUCUCAGCUUCUUCUUCUUCUUCAGUUGAACUUUUCCCAGAAAAUGACCGUCUUCCUGCUCAAUUGAAGGUCACUGAAACAAAGGAAUCCAAUUCCAGAGUUACAUUGCAUGUGGAGGUUCCAUCACUUGUAUGCGAGGACUGUUAUGAAAGGGUCCUAGUUGAGUUUACAAAGUUCGCCAAGGUACCUGGAUUUCGUCCUGGAAAAAAGAUCCCGGAAAGUAUUCUUGUUGGUUAUGUGGGGAGUAAAAAUGUUCAAAAGGCUACGAUCGAAUCAAUAUUGAGGAGGACACUUUCACACGCUGUAACAGCAGUUACUGGAAGGGCUUUGCAGGAUUCUAUACGUAUAGUUACUAAAUUUUCUGAUAUGGAGGAUACCUAUUCUUCUCUCGGAUAUCUUAGAUAUGAUGUGAGUGUUGAUGUUGCACCAGAAAUCAAAUGGAUUUCUGAUGAUGCAUACAAAAACUUGAAGGUUGUUGUUGAGAUAGACAAUGAAAUAGAUGCUCACAUAGCAUCUGAAAAAGAAUUUAGACGGCGUUACAAGUCAGCCGGUGUACUGAAAGUUGUUACUGAUAGAGGACUACAGGUCGGUGAUGUUGUUGUACUUGACAUCUCAGCAACGACCGUUGAUCAAGAAUCAAAUAUCAAAAAUAUUCCUUCUGCUGAAAGUAAAGGAUUCAAUUUUGAUACAGAGGAUAGUGAAAUAUUAGUACCAGGUUUCCUUGAUUCUAUAAUUGGAAUUGGUCGAGGCGAAACAAAGUCAUUCCCCCUUGUUUUUCCUGAAACAUGGAAGCAGGAAAAUCUCCAAGGUGUUCAUGCUCAGUUUACUGUUGAGUGCAAAGAACUUUUUUACAGAGAUUUACCAGAGCUAGAUGAUUCUAUUGCUGAUAAGCUUAUCCCUGGAUGUACCACAGUGCAACAGGUCAAAGACUUAUUGUUAGAAAGAUUCCAAGAGAUAGAGCAAACAGCUAGGGAACAAGCAACUGAUAAUGCUAUAUUAGAUCAGAUUUCUAAGAUGGUGGAAGUUGAUAUACCUCAAUCCUUGUUUGAUGAACAAGGUAGACAGCUAUAUGGAUCCAGCCUAUUAGAAAUGCAGACAAAAAUAAAACUAAGUGAGCAGCAGCUGGCUACUCUAUCAAGUCCAAAGGCCGUGAAUGAAUAUCUUGAGCAUCAUAGGGAAAAUAUUACAAAUUUGAUCAAACAGAACCUGGCAGUUGGUGACAUAUAUAAGCGUGAAAAUAUGCAGCUUCCUACUGAAGACAUCGUCAAAGAGGUUGAGAAUUCCAUUGCUGAAUUCAAACGUCAAAAACAAGAAUACGACGAGGAACGUGUAAAGGAACAGGUUCAAGAAAUACUAGAAGGAGCUAAGGUGCUAGAGUGGUUGAGAGAACAUGCAGAAGUUCAGUAUAUAACAAUAUGAGAGACAAGCACCGGCCAAACAAAUUAGGAAAGUGAGAUUGCAGAUCCAUUUAAAGAGUUUUCUUUCGGCCAAUGUAAGUUUUAAGAAAUUAAACAAUUCUUGAUUGAAUUUUGUAGAAAGAACAUUAAGAAUAGAAAUAUGUGUUACAAGUGA